CAUUCUCCUUUGUCGUGUCCUCCUUCCCUUCCCCACCACCACACCACUCUGUUAUCACAAAACACUUUAGCCUUCUCAAAAAGUUCACAAACGAAGACGCCCGCAACAAUGACUCUUGCCUCAACUCGGCUUCCCACCAAUCCCAAUCCUCUCUUCUUCUCACCCAAACGACACCGCUUCCAACUACGCGAGUUCCGCGUUUUCCGACGCCGGAGGCUCAAAACGGUUCCUAUUCUCUCAGUCCAAUCCCAAUUCCAAGACCUUUUUCACAGCCUAAUCUCCCAAUUCCCUUCCCUCAGCUCCUUGGAAUUCGUCGCUCCUAUGACGCUCGGUUUCGCCUCCGGCGUCGCUCUUCACCACUCGCGGUCGUCGAAGACGAACACGCUGGGAGUCUCGGACAACAUCGGAGAGUGGAUCCUGUUCACGAGUCCGACGCCGUUUAAUCGGUUCGUGCUGCUGCGGUGCCCGUCGGUGUCGUUCACGGGGACCGAGCUGUUGGAGGAUGUGAACGAGAAGCUGGUGAAGGAGGACAGGCACUUCGUGAGGUUGAACAGCGGGAGGAUGAGGAUUCUUCAGGCGAGCUCGGAGGAGGAGAGAUUGGAGUAUCAGAGGGUGUGUGUGGGCACGGAGGAUGGCGGGGUGAUAUCGUUGGAUUGGCCGGCGAACUUGGACUUGGAGGAGGAGCGUGGACUGGACACCACCUUGCUGCUUGUGCCAGGGACCCCACGGGGUAGCAUGGAGACGAACGUGAGGUCCUUUGUUUGUGAGGCGCUCAAGCGCGGUUGUUUUCCGGUGGUCAUGAACCCCAGGGGGUGUGCCGGUUCGCCUCUCACCACGGCGCGCUAUACAGUUCAUCAAUAAGGCAAGGCCGUGGACAACAUUGAUGGGUGUGGGCUGGGGAUAUGGAG